UUUGGCGGAGUCCCCGCACGCCGAAGCGAGAGCAUCCCGGGGUCCUGCACGGGCAGCGCCCCCACUUCGGCCACUCCUUUCUCCUCCUCCCGGCCCGGUUCUGGGCUGGCCGGCACUGGGGACCCCUCCGGCACCUGCCCGGCUGCGGGACGGGCUGGGGGCGCCCAGGGGCUCCCCUGGCUCCCUCCUCUCCUCCCUCCCCGCAUCCCUCCGGCUCCCGGCGCAUCCCCAGCUGCCGCCGGAGCAGCGGGGACGGAGGUGCCGCCGGCAGCCGGCUCCGGCCGAGGGGACUCGGAUCGGGCAGCGAUUAUUUCGGAGCGCCGGGACGGGGCUGCGGAGCUGCGGCCGCCGCCGGGACCCCUCCGCCCGCCCGGGCUCAAGAUGCAGUAAAGUGGGAAGAAGGAUUCAGAUGUAAAACUACAACCUGACCAUGCAUUGAUGAGGAAACAGCCACAUGUUCUGACUCCCACUUUCACAUCCCUGUGCCUGAUUUGAAGUGACAGUGAGCGGAAGCAUAAGGUAUCUCUCAUUCUGUUUGGACUCCUUGUUUACAGAAGAGUGAUGGAGAUGCUAUUAAGCACAAAAGGCAUCACCAUAUGCCUGUUUUUCUUUGUAUUGAGUUUGGCAGCAGCUAUUGAAAUACCAUUAUCAGUUUCCCAGCUUCCAACAAUCACAGAGCAAUCCCACACCCAGGUUGCCUACCCCUUUGAUGAGGACUUCACCAUCAAAUGUGAAGCCAGAGGAAACCCCCAGCCCACCUUUAACUGGACCAAGGAUGGAAAACCAUUUGAUUUAUCAUCUGACCCAAGGAUAGUUUCAUCUAACAACUCUGGAACUUUUGUGAUCCAAAACCGGGGAAUCAUCAACAAUUUCCAGGGGAAAUAUCGCUGCUUUGCAUCCAAUGUGCUGGGAACUGCCAUGUCAGAAGAAAUUGAGCUGAUUGUUCCAAGUGUGCCAAAAUUCCCCAAAGAAAAAAUCGAGCCUCUGGAUGUGGAGCAUGGAGAUUCUGUGAUCCUGCACUGCAACCCCCCAAAAGGCAUCCCCCCUUUGCAUAUCUACUGGAUGAAUAUUGAUCUGCAGCACAUCCCACAGGAUGAGAGGGUCUCCAUGAGCCUGAAGGGAGAUCUUUACUUUGCCAAUGUGGAGGAAAGCGACAGCAGGAGUGACUAUUGCUGCUUUGCAGCCUUCCCGAGGCUCAGGACCAUCGUGCAGAAGAUGCCGAUGACGCUGAAGGUUUCCCGCUUAAAGCAUGCUAAUGACUCAGGCUCACCUAACGCUGCUGUUACUAAGGCAAAUUUUAUCAAGGAAAGGAAACCCAAACUGCUGAUCCCUCCUGAAUCUGCUGGCAGUAGCUCAUCAGUCACUGUCAUCAAGGGAGGUGUCCUGCUCCUGGAGUGUAUUGCUGAAGGGCUCCCAACUCCUCAUCUCAGCUGGGUGAAGGUCAUGGGAAGCAUGCCCAAGGAUGAGCCAGAGACAGAGAAUUUUGGGAAGACCCUGAAGAUUGACCAGGUGACAGCAGCUGAUGAGGGGACGUACCAGUGCACAGCCAGCAACCCCAUGGGCAGCGCCAGUCACAAGUUCCACGUGCAUGUGGAAGAGCCUCCCCAGUGGCUGAAGAAGCCCGAAGGUGGUGUCUACAGCGUGGGGACAAACCUGGUGCUGCUGUGCGAGGCCAUCGGGAACCCCGAGCCCAGCAUCCAGUGGAAGCUCAAUGGGAUGCCCAUCGAUGGCAGGACCUUCCGGGGGAGAAUCUCCACCAGGGAGAUCAGCCUGACCAACCUGCAGCUGCAGGACAGCGCCGUGUUCCAGUGCGAGGCCACCAACAAGCACGGCACCAUCCUGGCCAGCGCCAACGUCAACGUCCUCAAUAUUGCCCCCCUGAUACUGACCCCGGAUGAGGAAAACUACGCCACAGUCGUGGGUUACAGCGCCUUCCUGCACUGUGACAUCUUUGCCUCACCUGCAGCAGAUGUCAGAUGGACUAAGGAUGACAGCAUAGAGCCCCUUUCAACGUUUCGCUACGAGCUGAACAAGAACGGCACCCUGGAGAUCAGGGACACCAAGAAGGAGGAUUCGGGAUCCUACGCCUGCUGGGCUGCAAAUUCCGUGGGGAAAAGAGCAAUCACUGCUAAUCUGGAUAUAAGGGAUGCUACAAAACUUGUUGUUACUCCAAAGAGCCCCCGAGUGCUGAAAUCACAUUCCAUUUUAUUGAAAUGUCAGGCUGAGUAUGAUUCCCACUUGAAACACAGUUUUAAAUUAUCCUGGAGGAAGGAUGGAGAUGAGCUGCCAGUCAACAGCACGGAAGGUGGCAGGGUAAUUCUGGACAGGGAUACCCUGUUCAUAUCCAGUGUGCUCCUGGAGGAUCAGGGAGUUUACACAUGUGUGGCCAGCACUGCCCUGGACGCUGCCGAGGCCGAGGCACAGCUGAUCGUUCUGGAUGUUCCUGACCCACCAGAAGACCUCCAGCUGUCGGAAAACCAAAACCGGAGCGUUCGGCUCUCCUGGAAAGCUGGGGCCAGCCAUAACAGCCCUGUUAAUGAAUCAAUUAUAGAGUUUGAAGAGAACCGCUGGGAGCCGGGGAGGUGGCAGGAGCUCAGCAGAGUGCCAGGGAAUGACACCACAGCCCUGCUGUCCCUGGCCCCGUAUGUGAAUUACCAAUUCCGUGUGGUGUCCGUCAACGCCGUGGGCAGGAGCCAGCCCAGCAAACCAUCCCUGCGCUAUGCCACCCCUCCAGCUGCUCCAGAUAAAAACCCAGAGAACAUCCGAGUUGAGGCUUCUGAACCCAAUGAAAUGGUGAUGAAAUGGGAGCCACUGAAGCCCGUGGAGAGGAACGGGCCGGGGCUGGAGUACAAAGUCAGCUGGAGGCAGCGGGGUGUGGAGAGCGACUGGAACGAGGAGCUGGUGAAGAAACACUCCCUGAGCGUGAGGAAUGUGCCCACCUUCGUGCCUUACGAGAUCAAAGUCCAGGCAGUGAAUAAUUUAGGAUCUGGCCCCGAACCAAACGUCACCAUUGGAUAUUCAGGAGAGGACGUUCCAGAUGCUGCUCCUUCGGGCGUGUCGGUGGAGGUUGUGAACAGCACCCUGGUGAAAGUCUUCUGGUUUGGGAUACCAAGGGACAGAGUUCGUGGGCACUUAAAAGGCUACAAGGUCAACUGGUGGAAAACAAAAAACAUGCUGGAUGGAAAGAGGCAUCACCCAGAGAAACACUUCCUGACGUUUGUAGGAGACAGGAACUAUGGGAUGAUUCCUGGCCUGGAGCCCUUCAGUGAAUUCCGCUUGACAGUUUUGGCUUUCAACUCCAGAGGAGAUGGCCCUGAGAGCUCCCCCGUGGUGUUUGAAACUCCAGAAGGAGUCCCCGAACAACCACGUUUCCUCAGGAUCCUGAACUUUGACAAGGACUCGGUCACUCUGUCCUGGGGGCUUCCCAAGAAAGCCAAUGGCCACCUCACAGGCUACGUCCUGCAGUACCAGAUAAUCAACGAGACGCACGAGGUGGGCGCCGUGAGCGAGGUGAGCGUCACCAACCGCUCCGUGCUGAGCUGGCGCCUGGCGGGGCUCAGCCCCAGCACCAAGUACAAGUUCUACAUCAAAGCCUGCACGGCCAAGGGCUGCGGGAAGGCGGCCACCGAGGAGGGGCUGACGCUGGCCCAAGGCAGUAAAGGCAGCGGCAGGAUUUCAGACGCAGUAAAGCCCACCCCAAAGUUUCAGCCCAGCGAGGCCCUUGAGCCUGGCACUGAGUACACAAUCCGCCUAGUGACUAAGAACUGGGUGGAUAACAAUAGCAUUUUUGAAGAUGUAAUUGAGACCAGGGGGAGAGCCUACGCUGGCAUUUACGAGGGGAUUUCCACCCAGGGCUGGUUCAUCGGGCUGAUGUGUGCCAUCGCCUUGCUCACCCUGCUGCUGCUAACGAUCUGCUUUGUCAGGAGAAAUAAAGGAGGCAAAUAUUCAGUGAAAGAAAAAGAAGAUUUGCAUCCAGAUCCCGAAGCUCAAUCAAUAAAAGAUGAAAUCUUUGGGGAAUAUAGUGACAGCGAUGAAAAGCCGCUGAAAGGCAGCCUCCAGUCACUUAACGGGGACAUUAAAGCCACUGGAAGUGCUGAUAGUCUGGUAGAUUAUGGAGAAGGGGAGCAUGGCAUGUUCAAUGAAGAUGGUUCAUUUAUUGGAGCUUAUUCUGGAUCUAAAGAAAAAGGAUCCGUGGAAAGCACUGGGAGUUCUACGGCAACUUUUCCUCUCCACGCCUAAAACGAUUGGUGUUUAAUUGUGCUAAUUAUCCUGGCUAGCUCUCCACAGCUCCCGGGUGUGCUCGGGAGCAGGGGGCCAGUUGAGCCAGUCAGGAAAAUCCUGGCGUCCAGGUAAUACAAAAACGAGUCACUGCCACUAAAAGAUGAUUUUUCCAUCCUAAUUUCUAUGUGUUUCCUUCUCAAUAAAUUAGAAUUAUUCUUUAUUCUACCUGGUGUGUUAGUCUGAGCAAACCAGAGUUUCUCGGUGGUACAUCUGUGUCCUUACCUGCUGCUCCAGGUGUUUCUUAGCCUUGGAAUAUGUUUCUCUGUGUAGUAUUUUUGCCCUGUUCUCACAGGUGUAUGUGUAAAAUUCCCUCAUGGCCUUGGUUAUAACCUCAAGGUUAUGGCACCAGCUAAAACAGCUCACUCUGCCAAGUGUGAACACACAAAGAGGAAAAUUAGAAUUUAAAAUACCAGAGAAAGAUAUUCUAUAUAUUGCAUAAUUUUUCCUAAAGAAUUAAACCCCUUUAUGUAUGAUAUUCAAAAUAAACUGUUUUAGUGGUUACAGCUGACUUCAACUACCAACACUUAGAAAUGCAGCUUUACCCACAGGAGAGUGUGGGUGAAGCUGCUGCCCAGUAGCUGGCACUAUUUCCUUAAAUAAGCUGCAGCUCUUUCCUGUGGCAAGGCAAAACAGGGUUCCCAUCCACCAUCACUCGAAAUAUUUUUAAUUUUUCCCAGCUGCAAGCUGCAUUUCUAAGCAAAAUCUUUGGUGUCUGUCUCAUAUCUGUAUAUUUGUGAGCUAGCCAACAUUUCAUGGAGACAUUGUACAUAUGAUAUUAAUAUUGAUACAAGUCCAGAGCAGCCUGGUUUUAUUUUGAUCUGAGACAUGUUGCUAGCAUGGGUCUGUAUAGCUGUGUAGGAAUGAGUAGAAUUGCUUCUCAAUAUGGAUUUGGACCAGCAAAAUUAGUUUUCAGAAGGAGUUGUGUGUAUAGGAACCAUCCAAACCUCACACCAUUCAAACAUCACCUAAACUAGACCUACCUGACUUUCAAGAGUUCAUUUCUUUUCAGCCUAUUCACUGUUAAAUAAACAAGAACAAAAAGCAAAGAGAAAAUAUUAUGGUAGAGUUUGUUUUCCUAUUUUGUUGACUGAAUGCUGGUUCUUUGCCUCUCCAGCACUAACUCAGCCGAGCUGUACAGCACAUUUUUUUGGUCUUUUUGUAUUGGAAUCUCCUGGAUCUCUUUUUAAUGGCAUUUGCAUUCUUGAAUCUGCUUGUUUGAGUAGAGCAUCAGCGUGACUUCAUUUCUUCUGUCACUCCCAUUAGGAAAGUUUUUAAGUAGUUCCUGCAGGAGAAAUAGAUCCUAGAAGCUGUUUGCCAUCCUGCUAGCAAUUAGGCAAAUAUCCCCAAAUGGCUCCUCCAUGAUUUCAAUGGAAGAAAGAGAGGAAGCAAGAAUUACUCACCUGGUUCUGAGUUUCCAGCAAGGGCCACAAUUAAGCCCAGGGAAAUGGAGAUAUUUUUUUUCCCAGUGGAAAGGCAGUGGAUCCCCCACGGCUCCCCCCAGGCUGGGAAUGCUCCUCAGAGCUCAGCAGCUUUGGGAAGCCUUUGGUGCUCAAACUUCUGCUUUCCUGUGCCUCUUUUUGGGUUUUGGAUUGGAGCUUUUAAGGGCUUUUUAUGUAACCUCUGUUUGGGAAAAGCAAACUCCAAAAGCCCUGUUCAGGCUAUGCCUGUGAGUGUAAAAUGGUGAGUGGAAAUCUGCCCUCAAUCAAGGAUUAUCCCAUCCCAUAUCAGUGACCCACAUUAUUCACUUCUUAUUAUUUAUAAAGUUCUGUUUUUUCUAUUUCACUCAAUGCAAACACCAAAAAGUCCAAAAGCCUUUUAAUUUUGGGGGAAAAAGUAAUUUUCCAAAGAAUGGAGUGUACAAUUAGAGAAAUGUGAAAAUUGGCAUCUCAGCAACAGAGACAUUUCCCAGCAGCAUCUUUAUCUGCUGACUCGUGUCUGCUGCAGCCCAAACCAGAUAAAAUCUAAGAACUGAUUAGCCUUGUGACAACCUGCUGCUUGCUUUGGGCUGGUUUUAAAGCAUUUCCUUAGGGAGGGAAUCAUCUGCAGUGAUCGAAGGUCUUUGAAAUUUAGGGAAUAAAAUUGGGGUGGGCUCCCCCAACUCCUCACUUUGGGCUGGGGGGAGGCUGUGCCUGCACACAUCACAUUUUCCUCUGGGUCACUGCAGAUAAACCAGACCCCUCACCCCAGAAAAUGCCUCUGUUUUAGAGAAAUGUUCCAUUUGUCUGUGAAGUUUCAGCCAUAUUAAUGGGUGCCAAAUGAUGCAGUGAUGGAUUUCAAUCCCCCCUGCAGCUCUGGCUCUGCUGCUGCUGCUAAGAGGUGUUUGUGAUGUGCUGCUCAGCCGGGCUGGUGGCACUGCUUUGUCCACCCAGAUUUCAAUUCACAGCCUGAAAUCUUCAUCUUGGUGUUUCCAUGAUGCCUCAGGACCUAAAAAUCAAACAGGGAGGGAAAGAUGUGCAAUGGAACCUGGGUUUUUGAACACAAAAUUCCUGGUUUUGAGGAAUAUGCCCAAUGAAUAUUAAACAAGUGGCUUAAACUCCCAGGAAAUCUCACUCACCUGAGCUGUUUGCCCCAAUCAUUUAUUUUCCUUUUUUUCCCUGCAUUGGGGUUUUGUUUCCUGCUGUGAAAGUACUUGGAAAGUGCAGGGCAUUGAUGGCUUUUUGGAGAUUGGCUUUCAAAAGUAAAUUAACAGAGCAAGCUGAGGUUUUGUUGAGGAGUUUUUUGUCAUUGCAAGGAGCUGGGCUGUGUUUUUGUCUUGGUGUGAGACAGGUGAGAGGAAGUGUGACCAUGUAGCUCAAUAACAGUGUCACCAACUGCACUGCAGUUUAUGGAACUUCCUGAGUUGGAAAGGAUCCACAAAGUCAUCAAAGCCCACCCAAAAAUCACUCCCUAUUCUGAAAUAGUGCACUGAGUAUUAAAUCUCUGUGUUGCUUUGUUUGGGACUUUUUUUGGUUUUUGUUUUUUUCCCCUCCAGACAGGGGAGUUUAUUAAACUUAGCUGCCAGAAAUAAAUUUCUCUCAAAUUAAAUUUAAACUUCUUCAAACUUAAAUUUCUUCAAAUUAAUCAACACCUAGCAGGGAAUGCCAGCCUGCCUGCUGGGAGGAGGGAGUCCAGCCAUGGGAGCAGAGCAGGGAAUUAUUAUUUAUCCCAUGCCAUGGCUGUGGUUGUGUUCCAUUUGCUUCUGACACAUUUUACCUCAGUACAAGUGUGAAAUGGCACUCUCACAUUUGAUAUCCAAGUUGAGCCAGGAUGUAAUUCCAACCCUCAGGGCAUUUCCCUGGCCCCAUGGAUCCAGGUUUGGGGAUUUAAGCAGUCUCUGGAAGAAGAGAGGGAUGGGUCUUGCUGAAAAAGUUGUGCAGUUUGGACUGUGCAUAUGAUUACAAGAUUAUAAGAUAAACAAAUAAAAUCAGCUCUUCCUAAAUAAUGGGAAAAAAACUCCUCUGUCCUUUCUCCCAAGGGGGGCUGUUUGGAUUCCCAGAGCAGCAUGAUAUUGAUUGGGUGUGGAUUAAUUUUCCUCUAAUUUUUAUAUAUGUAUACAUAUAUAUAUAAUGUAUAUAUAUAUAUAAUAUAUAAAAAUGUAAUUACAUUAUCAAGAACUUGCAGGACCAGCCCCAGCUUCCCUCCCUGGCAAAAUUAGGGGAUCCAAUCUCCAGAAACCCUCGUGGCUCUGCACUCCAGCAGGAUAAAAUGCAUCAAUGCCCUGCUGGGGCUGCAUCUUUAGGAGGAGCAGAAUUCAAAAUCAAAUCAGAAAAUUACCUUUCCCCUCUGGAUAAAAUCAUGUGUCCAUGUAUAAAAAAUUAUAAAAACCUUCAUUGUAACUCACAUCUUAAAUAGCUCUAAUUAGCAAAUCAUUUAAUGAUGGCUAUUUGUUCUGCUGUGUUACAAAUUCCAGUGAGUAACUCUUUUCCUGGUAACUGCUUCCAUUGACUGAGUGGCUCCAAUCCAGUGCACGAGAGGUUUUCAUCAAAGUUUUCAGGCCAAUAUUAUUUGUGACACGAAAACAAACAGUAGUGCAUUUUUCUGUAUUUAAAAAAAAAAAGUAAAAAAAAAAAAAGUGGGGUUUUUAAACAGUGGUUUCACAUUUUGUAAAGAAAAGUUAGAAUAACGUUCACUGCUCCCUGAGCUUUUGAGAGGAAACCUCAGCAUCAUUUCUCACAGCCAUUCUUUUGCAGAUGAGAAGUGUAUUUGGGUUAUUUUGCUUACCUGUAAGAACAGAUAGAAAGAAAGGAAAUUCUUCAUGGAGAAUUCCCUUUGUUUGCCAAUGGAUCACACCCUCAGCUGCAUCUCUGUCAGUGUUCAUGACAAAAAAUGAAGGUACAAAGCAGGCUGGAGUAGCAGGACGUGUUUACAUUGCAGCUCUGGAUAUCUCAUGUCAAAUCUCAAGUGAUCUGCACUGAUUUGUUCUGUUUUCAGGCAGGAGCCCCUCGGGGGGUUUGAGCCAAAGCAUUCUGUCUGUUCAUUUUUUAUUAUUAUGGUUCUGACUUUAAAACAAGAGACUUUGUAAUUUCAUGAGAAAAAGAUCAAAGGAAAUGUGGUGUCACCAUCACAAUGUUACUUUUUUUGGGAGCUAAAUGUUAGUGUGCAUUGAUUAAAGUUUAGAGGAACGUGUUGUACUGUAGUUGCUGUUUGUACCACGCAGAUGUGCACGUACCGUUUGAAAAGAUAUUUUCAUUUUACAUGAAAUACAACUUUGCUAAUAAAAGUUUGACUUGAUGUAAUCUUCAAAA